GAUUGACUGCUUUGAUAACAGAAAGAGAGUCACAGUAAGAGAGAGAGAGAGAGAAGAUGUCGGGCCGAGGAAAGGGAGGAAAGGGGCUGGGCAAGGGCGGAGCGAAGCGGCACAGGAAGGUUCUCCGUGACAAUAUCCAGGGAAUCACCAAGCCGGCGAUUCGCCGGCUUGCUCGCCGAGGUGGUGUAAAGCGAAUUAGCGGCCUCAUCUAUGAAGAAACCCGCGGCGUUCUCAAGAUAUUUCUUGAGAAUGUUAUCCGUGAUGCUGUGACCUACACGGAGCACGCCCGCCGUAAGACCGUCACCGCCAUGGACGUUGUUUAUGCGCUCAAGCGCCAGGGUCGCACUCUUUAUGGUUUUGGUGGAUAGGGUUUUUACUUUCAGAAUCAGAUUAGGUUUUCUCUAUUUGCUGUAAUGAAUGAUCUAUCUUUAAAGUUUAAUAUCUUGUUGGCCUUUUCAUGUUGA